AUGGUCAUUUUCAUCCAAGUGCUAGAGUCGGAAGAGGAAGAGGCGGCCAUUGAUAUCAUAUCAACAAAGUAUGAGAGAUAUGGCAAUGGAGUCGAAGCACCGGAAAAGUUGGAAAUCAUUAAAGAAAAGUGCAAUGAAUUGGGCGAUACUAAAGGCUCGGGUAGACUUUUCUGGGAUAUAGUAACCGGCAUGAAAUGGGCAGGUUACCUUAAACCAAAAAUCCGUGACGUGAUGCUGGAGAGUCCUACUAUUCAAUUCUAUGAGAAAGUUAACCUGUUCUGCAAACUGCCCGAUGACAAAAUGCUGAAAUACACUCCGAUUAUAAACGCUAAACAGACCGAGACUAAAAAACUACGCGACCGUUUCAUUGGAUACCUAAAUGAUGCUACGAAACAGUCGAAAAUUAACAUGGGAGAAAUUGUAUGGUAA